UUUUUUUACACAAAUCGAAUCUUUAUUCAAUUCCCUCUUGAAAGCAAAACCCUUUAUAUAUACCCUCCAACUUUGAACACAAUUUCGCAACUUUUCUUCACCUUUUUCAGAAACCCCCAUUGACAAUGACUCUUACUCUUUAAUCUUUAUCAUACUCUUGUGCUUUGAACACAAUUCAAUGGAGGAGAAAUAUGAGCCAUUGCAAGAACUUGGUUCUGGGAACUUUGGAGUGGCAAGGCUGGUUAGAGAUAAGAAGACUAAGGAGUUGCUUGCAGUCAAAUACAUUGAAAGAGGAACAAAGAUCGAUGAAAAUGUUCACAGGGAAAUCAUCAAUCACAGAUCACUUAAGCAUCCAAACAUCAUUAGGUUCAAGGAGGUGUUGUUAACUCCAACACAUCUGGCGAUAGUCAUGGAAUAUGCAGCUGGUGGUGAACUUUUUGUCAAGAUUUGCAGUGCUGGAAGAUUCAGUGAAGAUGAGGCUCGGUUUUUCUUCCAACAGCUUAUAUCUGGAGUCAGCUAUUGUCAUUCCAUGGAAAUUUGUCACAGAGAUUUGAAACUUGAGAACACUCUCUUAGAUGGAAGCCGAAGCCCACGUCUCAAGAUUUGUGAUUUUGGUUAUUCUAAGUCUGGCUUAUUGCAUUCGCAACCAAAAUCGACUGUGGGAACACCAGCAUACAUUGCCCCCGAGGUUCUAUCCCGUAAAGAAUAUGAUGGCAAGAUUGCAGAUGUUUGGUCAUGUGGAGUGACUCUUUAUGUUAUGCUUGUAGGAGCUUACCCUUUUGAGGAUCCAAGAGACCCUCGAAAUUUCCGCAAGACAAUCGGGAGAAUCAUGAGCGUUCAGUACUCAAUACCAGAUUAUGUGCGUGUCUCCAAAGAUUGUAGACAUCUUCUUUCUCAUAUCUUUGUUGCCAAUCCAUGCAAGCGAAUCACAAUAGCAGAAAUCAAGAAACAUCCAUGGUUUAUAAGGAACAUGCCUAAGGAGCUUGUUGAAGGGGAGAAAACAAACUAUGAGAAUACAAGUCGUGAUCAAUCGUCUCAAAGUGUUGAUGAGAUCAAUCGUAUUAUACAAGAAGCUAAGACUGCUGGAGAUGGGUCCAAUGUGAAUGGAGAGAUUGUCAUUGGUGAUGGAUCAUUGGAUCCUGAAGAUGAGAUUGAUUUGGAAGAUGAGAUUGAAUCUAGUGGAGAUUAUGCUGGCCAAAUUUGAUGUCUUUUACUGAGAUGAUAUUAUUUUGAAAGCUGUGUUCAAGUGUGAAAUUUUCUUUUGUGUUCUUGGAUGAAUGUGUUUGAUGACAAACCAAGUUGUGUAGAUUACAUUUGGUAGAUAUUCACGUGUGCAAUAAUUUGUAAUGGAUAUGUAAGCUUUUAAUUUUGAAUUUUUGAUUAUAUAGAAA